GUUGCGUCGUUUCAAAAACAACAAUAUAACAAUGUUUGUUUCGCUGUUGCUGGCUUUGCUGAUCAUCGGUAUCUCAUGGUGCUUGUUAUCCAUGGUCCAAAAUUACUUCACAGUUCGAGAGUUACAGAAGAAAUUGCCAAAUUUCAUCACAAUUCCGGCCCAGCCCAUCUUGGGCAGUAAUCAAUUCUUCCGGAAAGAUCCUUCACCGGAAGGCAUCUUCCGUACAUUCUCGGGAUUCCAUAGGCGCUUUGGAAACGAUCUCAUCUUCCAGGGACUGUUCAAUCAACCGGGUCUUCAGGUCACCAGUCCCCAGGUGGUGGAGCAAAUCAUUCAUGCAAAAACAAUCAAAAAGUCCAUUAUCUACGAAUUCAUGAAGCCAUGGCUCAAUGAAGGCCUGAUAACGGCUAUCGGCAAAAAGUGGGCCCAGAGACGGCGCAUUAUAACGCCCGCAUUUCACUUCAAGAUUCUGGAAGAGUUUUUAGGAAUCUUUGAUCAGCGCACGACGGAUUUGGUACAGAAGUUGAAGGAGCAGGAAGGGAAGGGAGAUUUCAAUCUCUACGAGUAUGUUACUCUCUGUACCUUAGAUAUUAUCGCUGAAUCUGCUAUGGGAGUUAAGGUGGAAGCGCAAGCCAAUCCCAAUUCUCCGUACGUUAGGGCGGUAAAAGAGUUGUCCAUCAUCAUCUUCAAGCGGCUUUUCUCGUUGAUGAAUCAAUACAAAAUAUUUUUCCUUCUGAGCAAAGCGAACAGACGCCAAGCCUCGGCCCUGACGGUGGUUCACGAUUUUACCGAUUCGGUCAUCCAGAACAGGAAAAGUCAGCUGGAAAGUGAACAAGCCCGCCAGGAAGCCCAACUAAAACUGCAAGAAACCGAUGUCUACGGCAAGCGAAAAAUGACCCUUUUGGAGCUGCUACUAAAUGUUACCGUCGACGGACAUCCGCUGGCCAAUUCGGACAUCCGAGAAGAAGUGGACACAUUUAUGUUUGCCGGACACGACACAACCACAUCCUGUAUUAGCUUUGCGGCGUAUCACAUUGCCCAGAAUCCGUCCGUGCAGCAGAAACUUUACGACGAAAUGGUCCAAGUGCUUGGUUCCGAUUGUCGGAAUGCCGAGCUCACGUAUGGCAAGCUGCAAGAUCUCAAGUAUCUGGAAAUGACCAUCAAAGAAGUUCUACGAAUUCAUCCCUCGGUCCCGGUUAUUGGGCGGAAAUCGGCCGGAGACAUGGUGAUUGAUGGGCAAACCAUCCCGGCGGGCAUUGAUGUUGCCGUGCUGAUUCUGGCCAUGCACAACAAUCCGGACGUUUUCCCCGAACCAGACCGGUUCGAUCCGGAAAGGUUUAACGAGGAAAACAGUGCCCAGCGGCAUCCUUAUGCUUAUAUUCCGUUCAGUGCCGGCGCAAGGAACUGUGUCGGUCAAAAGUACGCCCUUCUGGAGGUCAAGGCGACGCUCGUGAAGCUACUGGCCAACUUCCGUUUGCUGGCGUGCGAACCGGAAAACCGGGUCCGCAUCAAGUCGGACAUGACACUGAGACCGGUCAAUGGGACGUUUGUGAAAAUUGUUGCUCGAUAAAUGUUUAUUUGCUGAAUUGACGGUUAUUGAAAGUUUACCUGCGACUUAAGUUCUAAGCUCUAAACUCUAAAAGAUGGUUGUAAUUUUGAAAUUCCAAUACAAACUGUAAAUAA